AGGUUUGCCGAAUGCGACGAUCCGUCAUCAGUCGUCAGCUGUCUUUCGUGCCGUGAAUAUGGUCAAACAAGUGUUCCUAAUUUUAGUUUUGUUUUGUUCGAUAUUCGUUUACUUUUCGGUCGCCGAUGCUGCAAUUAAGACUUUACAUGGGUACAAAGAUCCUCCGCAGGGUCGGACGGUCUUCUUGGACGCGGAUGAAGCCGGCUUCGUUGCACCCAAAGUGGUAAAACGAAAUGCCGAAGCUCCCCAUAAAGAUAACUCUAUGCCUGAUAAUAGCAACAUCUACACAAAGUUCAACUAUCUAAAUGAUAGUCACAAACAUUUAAUGGUCCAUUGGGUUGGAGAAGGAAGCAAUGUUAUCAUUUGUUUGUCCCGUGAUCCAUCCACAAAGUCUGCCAACAGCGUAGUGAAUCCUUCUGCCGUUUAUAUUUCGUAUGAUUAUGGCGAAAAUUAUAUCAAUAAAACAGAUCAAUUCAUUCUACCCGACGGAAAUAUCUCCACAGUCGAAAAGUUCUACAAUCAUCCGAAGUAUAAUACACAUUUUGUUUUUACGGACUUGACGAAUAAAUAUCUAUUUGUGACUUCGAAUUAUGGUAGGAACAUAACGAGAAUACAUUUAAAUUUCACACCUAGCGACGUUGUGUUCCAUGAAUAUUUGUCACAAGUAUUUUUGGUAUGGGACAAAGAGGCUGGAAAUGAUAAGCUUAUGAUUACUGACAAUUUUGGAGAAACUUUCCGUCUUCUCACAGUAUAUGUAAAGUCCUUCUUUUUGAUACAAGAUAAAAAAUCGCAGCAGCACUUAGUUGUUCAAAGAAAACAACCAUCCGAUACAACGGCUGUGUUUCACUCAACAUCUUUCCACAAAGAUUCAAAUUUAAAAUUGUAUGCAUCUGAAAUUCAAGACGUUUAUGUGAAAGGCGAUUACAUAUUCUACACAAAAAAAAACACUAAAGAUUCAUUCGAUUUGUUCGUAUCUUACAAAUUAGGAAAAAUGGUGCAAUGCUAUUUUGAUACUGAGCUAACGCUGAGAGAAUUUCACGUGGCCGAUGUUUCCGGAAACAGAGCUCUUAUUGCUGUGAGUCACACAAAUACAUUAUCUCAUUUGUAUGUUUCCGAAAAUCUAGAGGAACAUGGUGAUAAAAUACGUUUCACUCUAUCUCUAGAGGGUAUUUUAUGCUAUUUCCCAAAUACUACUUGGAGAGAUUCUUGGUUACACCAUACCGAUGAAGAUGCAUUUGCUGAUUUAUAUAAGGUUGAAGGUCUCGAGGGUAUUUACAUUGCCUCUCAAGUUGCGCACAAAGUACAAAGCGGUUCCGUCAAUUUGAAUCCUCAGCACUUAGUUUCACGUAUAACAUUUGAUCACGGCGCAACUUGGAGGCCAAUUCUACCACCUCAACGUGAUGUUCAAGGACAACUAAUAUCUUGUUCAUUGGCAAAUAAUUGCUCUUUGCAUCUAAGCCAGCGGUUCAGCUAUUUGUAUCCGGAUACUAGAUCAAUUAGCAUUUUAAGUAGCAAAUCAGCACCUGGAAUUAUUGUAGCUACAGGAGUAAUAGGAAAAUCGUUGAAGGGUCAUUUUGCUGUUUACAUAAGUACCGAUGCUGGAAUAACUUGGCGACAAACCUUACGUGAUCUGUAUUUCUUUAACAUGGGCGAUCACGGCGGUUUGUUAACUGCAGUUAAAUAUUUGAAAAUGCGAGGAGAAACCAGACACAUUUUAUAUUCUACAGACGAGGGAGAGAAUUGGAUGGAAACUCCAUUUAAUAAUGAAGAAAUUAGAUUAUAUGGAUUAAUGACCGAACCCGGUGAAAAUACUACUGUAUUCACCAUGUUUGGUUCGCUCCCUCAACAACAUCAGUGGAUCAUUGUAAAAAUGGAUUUGAAAAAUGUAUUCAAAUAUAAUUGCAAUGCUGACGAUUAUAAGCUGUGGUCUCCUAGUCAAAGUGAUGAAAAUCGUAGAUAUGUUCCAUGUGUUCUUGGUCAACAAUUGACUUAUAAACGUCGUAUUCCGCAUGCAAAUUGUUACAAUGGUUUAAAUUUUGAUAGACCAAUCACUAUGGAACCUUGCGAGUGCGAUAGUCGCGAUUAUGAAUGUGAUUACGGGUUUAUGAAAUUAGGUAACGGAGGUCCAUGUGUGCGUAAUAAAAGUGUUGAUAAUAUGUACGAUAUUCCGGAGCAUUGUCCCCCAGGUCAAAGCUAUAACCGUACAAAGGGAUAUAGGAAAAUCGCAGGUGAUAAAUGCGUUAAGGGUUUCGAAAACCAAUAUUUACCGGAUGUCAUUAUGUGUCCUGUGCAGAGUGUGCCGAAUAUAUUGACUUACGCACAAAGAGAUCGCAUUGUUCGAAUGAAUCUGGGAACAAAUACCAGUGUAGAACUGGAAUUACAAAAUUUGAACAAUGUAAUCGCUAUUGAUUAUGAUUUAAUGACAAAUCAUCUAUAUUGGGCUGACAUAGUAUCCGAUACAAUAAGCAGAGUACAUUUAAAUGGUACAUCUCAACAGGAAGUUUUAGUAUCCAGCGAUUUGGUUUCGGUGGAAGGAAUGGCUUUGGAUUGGGUUUCUAAAAAUUUAUAUUUUGUGGAUGGUCUUCGAGCGAAAAUUGAACUAAUUCGCACAGACAUACAUUAUGCUGGUCGUAUGCGAAGAACGAUAUUGAGCGGAAAAGAUUUGACAAAGCCACGCGGCAUUGCGUUGCAUCCAGCUGCUGGAUACAUGUUUUGGACAGACUGGGCCAACGAGAAACCGUCUGUGAACAGAGCGAACUUGGAUGGUACUAAUAUUCUGAAAAUUGCCGAAAAACCUAUUGUCGUUUGGCCAAACGGUAUCACCAUCGAUUACAUUGCCGAAAGAGUAUAUUGGGUUGAUGCUAGAGAGGAUUAUAUUGCAAGUUCAGAUUACAUCGGCGGAAAGUUUAAGAAAGUUCCAAUUCCAAGUGAGUUCGUAUCGCAUCCGUUUGCCGUAGCUGUGUUUAAAGAUGACCUGUACUGGGAUGAUUGGAAAAAGAAUUCAAUUUUCGUAACCGACAAAAAUCAUGGUGGAAAAGUAGGUACGUUGGUCGGCAAUGUCCAUGGAUUGAUGGAUUUAACAGUGAGUGCCCAUGGGGUGCAAAUUGGCAAAAAUCCAUGCGCGAAUAAAGAAAAUUCGCCAUGUGAGUUUAUUUGCGUCGGAGCACCCAAUGAACCGCAUUAUGUCUGCUUAUGUCCGGAUGGUAUGGAUUACAAGAAUGGUAAAUGUUUGUGUCCUGGAGGCGCUCCACCGUUCAUGAAUAUGACAUGCCCAAAAAUUACCGGUACCUGUUCAACUGAUCAUUUUGAAUGCGGCAAUGGUGUGUGCAUACCGAAAUUAUGGCGUUGCGAUCGGGAAGAUGAUUGUGGUGAUAACUCCGAUGAAUUGCAAUGUGGAACACAGACAUGUCCAUCAAAUUAUUUUCUCUGCAACGAUGGGAAAUGUUUACCUCAUUAUUGGCGUUGCGAUUAUGAGAAGGACUGUGUAGAUGGCUCCGAUGAACGGAAUUGUCCAAAAGAUAAUUGUACACAGGAUCAAUUUGCCUGCGGGAAUGGUAAAUGUAUAUCAGACAGGUGGAAGUGCGACGGCGAAAAUGACUGUGGUGAUGAUACCGAUGAACGGGAUUGCGCUGGCCCAGAACCAACUACAUGCAAAGCUGACGAAUUCCGUUGCACAACUGGUGGAAUUAAUUGCAUCCCUAAUACUUGGCUUUGCGACGGAGAAAAUGAUUGUAAAGAUAAUUCAGAUGAGCUCAAUUGCAAAAACAACACUUGUAUGAAUUUCCAAUUCUCGUGCGGUGAAAAUAUUUGUAUUUAUUCUUCGUGGGUUUGUGAUGGCGAAAAUGAUUGUGCUAAUGGAGCUGACGAAAAGAACUGCACUUCAUCCCCAUCAACACCUCCAAUUGACGUUAAAGACUAUUUUUUGCCAAAACAGGCGAAUGGAAAAUGUCAGGAUUGGAUGUUCACAUGUGCCAAUAAUAAAUGUAUACCAAUAUGGUGGAAAUGUGAUGGAGCUAAUGACUGCGACGAUGAAAGUGAUGAGCAAGGAUGCGGCGCAACGACAAAACAACCACCCCCCAUUGAAAUACCGGACAUAAAAGAUAAGGAAGUUUCUAAUUGCGACAAUAAUAAAUUCCAAUGCGCUUCCGGUGCGUGCAUUGCACUAUCGUGGGUUUGUGAUGAUUCCCCGGAUUGUUUGGAUGGUGAGGAUGAAGCACAUUGCGAGCAGUCCGUCCCAUGCGACAGAUCUAAACAUUUCAAAUGCAAAAUCGACGGAAAUUGUAUUCCAUUGUCCUCCGUUUGUAAUGGUAUAUCUGACUGUCCCGAUGGAUCUGAUGAAGAAUAUUGUUCGCCUUGGGAUAAUUCACCUAGUGGACCAGCUACACCCAGCUGUUCGAUCGGUUAUUUCCCAUGCGACAUAAAUCGCUGUUUCCCAUUGGCAUCAAUAUGUGAUGGUAAGAACGACUGCGAGGACGGUUUCGAUGAGAAGAAAGAUUGCUCCAAAUUGUCGAGGGUAUAUCAAGUACUGCAGAUGGGAGUCGAUGAGCGUGGUAUAAACGCAACCACUUUACUUCUGUAUUGGUGGAUUAUGAUACCUGAUAAAGUACAAUUGGAAUUUUUACCGUCAAUAAGUUCUGUUGAUAAUCAUGGAAACAUAAUAUGGACAAACCAAACUUGGACUAAUCAUUCGGAAUACCGUUUUGAUAAUCUGAAACCAUUUACCAAGUAUAACAUGACCGUGUAUGUGAGAUUGUUAAACACGGAAACGGUCUUUCCUCCAGCAAAAUACUUUAUAGCAGUCACUGGAGAAGGCAUUCCAAGUCCUCCGUGGAAUGUAACCGUUAAACAAAAUGGUUUAGACGUCUUAAUAACAUGGAAUAAACCGCUAACUCCGAAUGGAUUGAUUCAAAAAUACGAAAUUUGUUGGUCACCUCCGUUUAUUUCAAUGCGUCUUAGCGAUAACAGUACAACGCAUCUUCUCACUGCAGAUUUCCAACCACAAAUUAAAUAUUCAUUCUACGUGAUCGCCUAUAACAGGAUGAGAGAAAGUGAACGUUCCGACAUUAAAACAUUGCUCUUCGGCGAGUCAGAUAUGGAAUAUGUAAGAUUAUUGCAAACUGUAUCAAAGACUGAUAAUUCUGUAAGUCUCGCAUGGAUCUACAAUGAUACUGCUGUAGAAGGUUUCAAUGUUGAAGUAGAAGUAGUUGGAUUUCCUUAUCCAGCUAUGCCAGCUUAUACAACAACUACAAAUAACAUAACAAUAGGCGGACUUCCUCCUGGCACAAUGUUCAGGUUUAAAGUAAGUGCAUUCAGGAAAUUGUACAGGGGACCGGAACGUACUAUCACAUCCAGAACCGACGGAUCCCCGUUGGUAGCACCACAUCUUCUGGAGGUUACAGUCCUUAAAGAUGUCGGCACAUCCGUUAAAUUGAGGUGGGACAGACCGAAAGACUCUAGGAAAAUAAAUUGGCUUUACGGAGUAUACUAUGGUCUAACGGAAGAAGAAACUUUGGAAAAUCAUCGCUACAAUACAACCGAAUUAACUGCAACGAUAACAAACUUGGAAGCUUGCGAAAAAUAUAUAUUUGCGGUAGGUGUUAUUUCGCCAAUGGGCAUCGGUCCUGUCUCCAGCGAAACCAUGUCCGUUACUACAUUCCUUAACAAACGUGCUCCGCCUAAAAAGGUAAGUGUACAUCAGCUUUCUGAAGACAGUCCAUUGAAGAUGUUGGUGCAAUGGUCACCAUCUUGUCCUGCAAUGAAUCACCCAAUCGGGUAUAAAAUGAAUAUAACUGAAUUAACCAGAGGCAAAUCCACCAUUGUAACUUUUGCUGAAACAGAUUGGCAAGAGCAAAGCCGCAUGUUCGAUGUUACAUAUGGCGGAGUUUACGAAAUUAAAGUUGCUACCUCAGUUAAGGGUGCGAAAUACUCUGCACCCAUAUAUUACAGGGCUCCGCCAAUUUUACCACCAUAUGAGAUCAAUGUGAUCCCAGAAGCGAAUGGAAGCUACAUAGUAUUUUGGCAGGAACGACUAUUACACAAAGAUCUAAACACUCCUUAUGGUUAUGAAGUGUUGGUAUGUGAAGGAAAUGAAAUGAACGAGGCGAAAGCCGACCAUUACAAAGCUGAUAAACCGCCUUUCGUCUUUAAUAAUGCCACCGCUUUGAUGUACACAUUCGCUGUACUACUUAGAACUGAAGAUGGUUAUAAAUCCAACAUUUCCGAAUCAGCCAGCUCUAUUAAUAAAAUAGUAUCGGCAUCUAGUGUGUCCGGCGGCAGUGUAGUGUCAUUCGUCGUGCCAGUGGUAUUAUUACUCUGGGUUUUAGGAGCCGCUCUUUCUUUCUAUGUCAUUAAAUAUAAGAGAUUGCAGAAUAGCUUUACUAGAUUCGCAAAUUCCCACUAUGAUACUAGAUCUGAAAACGCCACUUUUGAUGAUAAUGGUUUAGAUGAGGACGAUAGUCCACAAAUUCGUGGCUUCUCCGACGAUGAGCCUCUAGUUAUAGCUUAAGAGUUACCAUCUAAUAUAUAUAUAACAUGAGCCAGUUUAAUCCCGUUUUAUUAAAUUAAUUAAAAAAAACAAUGAUGUGAGUAUUCCAAAUAUAAGUAGUUUUAACUAGUCUUGACGUUAUAAUAGUAGAAAUAGUAAUAUAUUCAAUAAAUCUUCCUUUAUAAUUAA